AUGACUAAGCGCACUUUUACAAUCAUAGGGCUUAUUGGCUAUAAGGUAGCCACCCCCCUGCGAGACAUAGUUACUAACGCAGAGCCUAUCCUGCGAGACAUAGUUAUUAUCGCAGAGCCUAUCCUGCGAGGCAUAGUUGCUAACGCAGAGCCCAUCCUGCGAGACACAGUUGAUAACGCAGAGCCUAUCCUGCGAAGCACAGUUGAUAACGCAGAGCCCAUCCUGCGAGACACAGUUGUUAUCGCAGAGCCUAUCCUGCGAGACACAGUUGAUAACGCAGAGCCUAUCCUGCGAAGCACAGUUGAUAACGCAGAGCCCAUCCUGCGAGACACAGUUGUUAUCGCAGAGCCUAUCCUGCGAGACACAGUUGAUAACGCAGAGCCUAUCCUGCGAGACACAGUUGAUAACGCAGAGCCUAUCCUGCGAGACACAGUUGUUAUCGCAGAGCCUAUCCUGCGAGACACAGUUGUUAACGCAGAGCCUAUCCUGCGAGACACAGUUGUUAACGCAGAGCCUAUCCUGCGAGACACAGUUGAUAACGCAGAGCCCAUCCUGCGAGACACAGUUAUUAUCACAGAGCCUAUCCUGCGAGGCACAGUUGAUAACGCAGAGCCUAUCCUGCGAGACACAGUUGAUAACGCAGAGCCCAUCCUGCGAGACACAGUUGUUAUCGCAGAGCCUAUCCUGCGAGACACAGUUGAUAACGCAGAGCCUAUCCUGCGAAGCACAGUUGAUAACGCAGAGCCCAUCCUGCGAGACACAGUUGUUAUCGCAGAGCCUAUCCUGCGAGACACAGUUGAUAACGCAGAGCCUAUCCUGCGAGACACAGUUGAUAACGCAGAGCCUAUCCUGCGAGACACAGUUGUUAUCGCAGAGCCUAUCCUGCGAGACACAGUUGUUAACGCAGAGCCUAUCCUGCGAGACACAGUUGUUAACGCAGAGCCUAUCCUGCGAGACACAGUUGAUAACGCAGAGCCCAUCCUGCGAGACACAGUUAUUAUCACAGAGCCUAUCCUGCGAGGCACAGUUGAUAACGCAGAGCCUAUCCUGCGAGACACAGUUGAUAACGCAGAGCCCAUCCUGCGAGACACAGUUGUUAUCGCAGAGCCUAUCCUGCGAGACACAGUUGAUAACGCAGAGCCUAUCCUGCGAGACACAGUUGAUAACGCAGAGCCCAUCCUGCGAGACACAGUUAUUAUCACAGAGCCUAUCCUGCGAGGCACAGUUGAUAACGCAGAGCCUAUCCUACGAAGCACAAUCUUAUAUCGCUAG